UUUUUCCUAUCCUGGAAAGGCUAUUUUGUUUUUGGGGCUAACAACAUAACUGCUUUAUGCUCUCACCAACUUCCAGCUGCCUACUUCAGCAAACUUGAAAUAUUGGAAGUAUGGAACUGUGAACAAUUGAGAAACUUGAUGUCUACAUCAGUGGCCAGAGGUCUUCUGAAUCUUCGAAUGCUAAGGAUAAAAUCUUGCCAAUCAAUGGAAGAAGUAAUCACAGAAGAGGAACAACAAGGAGAAGAAAUCAUGACUAUUCAGCCCUUAUUUUCUCAGUUGGAACAGUUAUAUCUUGAUGAUUUACCAAAGCUAAGACAUUUCUUUCGGAUGAAGCAUGCUCUUGAAUUUCCGUUUCUUGGAAAAGUGCACAUUAAUAAUUGUCAUGAAAUGAAGACGUUUGUCCAACAAGGAUUUGUGAGUACACCGAGUCUCGACAGUGUGACUGUGAACAAUGAUGAUGAGAUGAAAGUAGUUGAUAUAAUGUUCCACUCUAAGGUUUCUUUUCCUAGCCUAGAAAAGCUAUCUGUCGAUGGGGCUAACGGCACAACUGCUCUAUGCUCUCACCAACUUCCAACUGGCUACUUAAACAAACUUGAAAUAUUGGAAGUACGUAGAUGUAGAAAAUGGAGAAAUUUGAUGUCUCCAUCAGUGGCCAGAGGUCUUCUGAAUCUCCGGAAUCUAAAGAUAGAAAAAUGCCCAUUAAUGAAUGAAGUGAUCACAGAAGAGGAACAUCAAGGAGAAGAAAUGUCUGAUGAGCCCUUAUUUCCACUGUUGGAAGAGUUGUACCUUACGGAUCUGCCAAAGCUGAGGCAUUUCUUUCUGACGAAGCACACUCUUGAAUUUUCAUUUCUCAGAGAAGUGAAUAUCCAUAAAUGCCCUGAAAUGAAUACGUUUGUUCAACAGGGAUCUGUGAGUACACCGAAUCUCGAAAUUUUGAACUAUGAUAAUGAGCUGGAAGUAGAUGAUCUGAAUAAAUGGAUACAACAGAGUUUCAAUUCUAAGGAACAACAGGAACAAGGCAAUUCUGAUGAAUACCAAUCUGAAGCUACUGAUGGCGACAAAUCUGAAGCUAGUGAGCAUGAUGAAUCUGAUGCUACUAAUGAUGAUGAAUCUGAAACUACCGAGUCUCUAAAGGGUGAACCGUGAUUUUAGGUUGAAAGUAGAUGCUCUCAAGUCUCAAUAAAGCGAUAAAAAAGAUGUUCAGUUCUAAGGUUUGUCCUCAGUUCUGUGAGUACAAAUCUCAAAAGUUUGAACAAUGAUUAUUAGGGUGAAAGUAGAUGAUUUAGGUCUAUAGGAAACAACCUCUCUACCUCACCUCUGAAGAUGACAGCGAAUCUUAAGCUUCAAGUUUCUUUUCUUUUUUUUUUUUUGGUGCAACAGAAGCUUCAAUCUAGUGAUGACAGAAGGUAUAGUGUUAUCUAUGAAUCUCAAGCUCGGAAGAUAACAAUUAAAUGCUUGAUGAAAUAGUCCAAGUGCAUACAAGUCAGCUCGAACAUCACCUGAUACCUAUGCUCGUGAUGGAGGUAACAAGCAGAGACGGGUUCACAAUAUAAUAACGUAUAACCCGACAGCUUACUAUUAUUAUUAAUAUAUAUAAACUUGCAGUCACUGUGGUAUUCUAUAAAUUUUAAAUUUUGAAUCCAGUCUGUGGUACUGAAUUCUUCUUUUAUUCUAUUUAGCAUCUAAUAUAUA